AUGGACAACGCGAAGUACCACAAGGGACGCCCUCAAGGAACACCAAGCAGUCGCCAGUGCAAGCGAACCCUCCAAGAAGCGUGCGUUGCCUACGCCAUCCCCUUCGAGGAAAAGGAAUUUAAGAGCGCCUUGUGGCAAAAGCUGUCGGAGUACAUUUAA